AUCGCUCUGUGGUCACGCCCACCCUUCUACCUCUCCGCCAAUCAGAGAGCACGUUUUCAUGUCGCAGCACGCUUGCUAACGGAAGUAGCAGUGGCACCACAGUUGACACAAACAACCUCAGUCUUUAUAAAUAAGAUGGAGGUGGAUCAGAUGCUGUCUCUCUCAGGUUCAGCUCUGGCUCAGGCCAUCAGCUCUCUACUGGAAACCCCAGGCCUCUAUGUUUUCUCAGACAUACUAGAACUGCCCAACGUCCGCGAGCUGGAGACGGGUCCCCACGCUCCAGUGUACCAGCUUCUCAAUCUUUUUGCGUAUGGAACCUACUGCGACUAUAAAGAGAGGGCAGCCUCACUUCCUGAACUCACACCCGCCCAGAAGAACAAACUCCGUCACCUGUCAAUCAUCAGCCUGGCCUCCAAUCUAAAGUGUCUGCCGUAUUCACUACUGCUCCAGCAGUUAGAGCUGAAGAAUGUGCGUGAGCUGGAAGACCUGCUGAUCGAGGCUGUUUACAGUGACAUUAUCCAUGGGAAACUGGACCAGAGGAACCAGCAGGUCGAGGUAGAUUGCAGUAUAGGUCGAGACCUGGGCCCCAACGAAUUACCCAACAUUGCCAACACACUGCAGGAGUGGUGUGCAGGCUGUGAAGCAGUUCUGUGUGGCAUUGAGGAGCAGGUGUCAAGAGCCAAUCAGUACAGAGAAAGCCAGCUCAAGGUCAAAGUUCAAGUGGAAACAGAGGUAUCAAACCUACAAAAAACCCUCAAGGCAAGUUCUGCUUCCCCAUCAUCUGGCCCCGCCCCUGCUGGAGCAGCAUCCAAUCAAGAUGCAGACCAGCCGGCUGAGCCAAGAGACCCUGCCUCCUCUCAGGAACCACGGCAACCAGGAAAAAAGAGCUCAAAGGUCAAAGGGCUUCGCGGGAGCGGAAAGAUUUGGUCAAAGUCAAAUUGAUCUCAAGCCCCGAGUUCAAUUUUCAGUUACCCACUCACAGACAUAUUGUGGACUGCUUGCAUGGAUAGACAUAUAAAUAAACCUUUUGCCUCUUCUCAGACACAAUCCACCAUCAUAGUCUAAUAUAACUUUUACACGACGCUGGGUGCGUGUUUAUGUACGUGUAUGCUGUAAAUGUCAUUUAAUUUGACUCAUUCUCCUUUUCCUUUGCGUGUUUGUUUUUUGUUCGUUAUUAAAUCUGGAUGUAAAUUGAUGAAGCCAAUGAAUAAAUGAUAUCCAUCUGUCA